AUGCUGGUGGGUAAUGAGCGGCGCCUGGGCUCAGCUAAUUUCGACAACGAUGAGGAGAUGCUUAAGCAAAUCAUGGAUUCGAUGCAGGAAGGGAAUCUAUCCAUGCGUUUGAGGAACUCCUCGUUCGUCAGUGACUCAGACGCGGAGGACGAGGACGACGAGGGAUCGUCUUUAUUCUUUACCCUCAUUACAGGACUGGACUUUAAGACCCGAAGCGUCGUGUUGAAGCGUGCUGGGUUCGCCUGCACCCAGUGUCGUGCCCUUCAAAGCACAUGCCGCAUGAUCCGUUUCGCGGCGUUGCGAGUUGGCGGCGGGGAGAGCGCCAGCCAAGCCCCUGGGGACACCGACGGGGACGAUGAUGACGACGAUAGCCCUUUCUCCUCACAUCACCACCACCACCGGUCCGAGUACCAGCGGUUGUUGGUGUUGGCAGCCCACCUCGCCUCCGUCAACGGAGCUCCAGGGGAAGUGCAGUCCAGUCCCGAAGCGCUGGCGGUGUGGCUGCAGGAGGUGUACUGCAGGGCGUAUGCUUUGCAGGUGGUGGCGAGCAACCUCAGCGGCUGGCGCGCCGUAGGGCCCGACGGGCAGCCCCUCAGGUUGGGUCAAGGGAAGGACGUCGUGGCGGCCGUCAGGCGGCUGCUGGGGGCUGAGGAGGGGGGCAAACGGAAGGGAGCAGGAGGGAAAGGGGGGGUAGCGCAGCGGGACGAGGAGGAGGAGGAGGGGAAGGACGAGGAGCAGCACAAGCCGGCGCGGAUGGAGCUGGAGGAGGAACAGAAGCAGCAGAAGAAACAGAAAAAGAGGGCUUCGGAGGCGAGUACGAUAGCGGCAGCUGAGUUUACACCGCAACCACAGCCGCAAGCGAUGGCAACGGUGAGACGGGAUGUCGGCAAGGACAGUGCGGAUAAAUGCGAGGUCGGCUCAGGGCAUAGCGAGGCAAAGAAAAAGAAAACGGAGCAGAAGGAGACGGAGAAAAAACGGACGUCAAGUGGCGGUGCUGCUGCGGCGGCAGCGACAGCGGCAGCAGCGGAAGAGGAGCGGGAGGAUCGGGGGACGCAGCGGUCAGUGAAGAAGCGGAAGAAGUCCGAGGGGGGAUCAACGAGAGAGGCAACUGCUAACGGCGGGGCGGAUGCUCCUGUUGCGGCUACGGCGGCAGCGGCUGUGCAGAAGACGCCGUCAGCACCGCGCCCGCAGAGAGAGGGGGGGAAGGAGGCCAAGCAGGCGGAGGCCAGGAAGAGCCCGAGGGUGGUGGCCAAGACGGCUAUAGAGGACACCGCAGACGGUGCCGGCGACGAUGGUCAGAAAGGGCGCCGCCAGCAGCGGGCAGACGAAGCCGCUGCCGAACAAAAGCCUCAACGCGGAGAUGCAGACAAAGGCAACAAGAAGGCUAUCACGGCCGCUGGCUUGAAGACAGCGAAUGGCAAUGCCGGCAUAGCGGCGGUGAAAGCUUCUCUGGCAGCGGCGGCCGCUGCCGGUAAAGUGCAGAAGACCAAGGGAAAGACCGUGCAGGGUGGUGGUGGAAGUGCGGUUGGGUGUGGCGGCACGGCUGUGGAACGCGGGGCACCGGGUGUAGCGGCACGUCGGAUUGAGAAAAAGACGAAGGAUAAAUUAGGGGAGAAGAAGAAAAGUGCCCAGAAGCCGCCAGCCCUUGCAAAGUCGAAAAGGUAG